AUGCCAUCCUCCUCUACCGGAUUAAUCGAUGCUGCCCUCUCCAACUCCGGCGCGGAUUCCCUCUCCUACGUCCACAACAACCUCAAAUGGCUCAUCCGUGAGCACCUUCUCUCGCUCCUCAAGGACAUCCCCACUCUCUCUCCCUCCACCGGCACCUUCAUCCAUGACGAUGGCACCGCCGCCCACCUCCUCUAUGCCCAUGGUAUCCUCCCCAUAUCUCCCUCCAUGCAACCAAUCCUUCUCAGGAUAUGGUUGCACCAAUGUUAUCCCUUCAAACCCCCUAUUGUCUACAUCUUCGCCACCCAAAAUACCAGUAUCCUCCAUGGUCACCCUUUUGUCGACUCUUCAGGGGCUACCACCUCCCCCUACCUCAAGUCAUGGCAGUACCCCAGGUCCAACCUCUCUGAUCUUGCUCAUGACCUUAUCAAGAUCUUUCACUUGUGUCCCCCUUACACUCCAAGUCUGGCCACUUCUGCUUGCACUGUUCCUUCUCUUUCCUCCAAGAGAGAGUUAAUCGACCGACUUUCCAUGAGAAUAGACGACGACAAGGUGCGCUUUCGAUUGCAGGUUGAGAAGGAUAUCGAGCACCUAUCGAACAUACAAGCUGCGCUGCAUGACAGAGCUGGUGUUAUUGCUUCUAUUCUAUUGGACCAUGAAGAGGAGAAAACAAGCUUGGAGCACACUCUAGAGAAGAAGGUGGAGGAUGCUGAAGUGCUCUCGAAUUGGUUGAGAGUACAAGGUGCCAAUUCUUUACUCAUGGAUGAGUUAGAGGCAUUUGAGGCUAGAGAUGAGAAAUCAAGGUGUUGGAUGGAAAACAAGGCAGCCGAACUUGCCUUCGAUGAUGCAAUGGAUGCCCUUGGCAAAGCACUAGAAGAAGGAAUGGUGGCCUUUGAUGUGUAUCUCAAGCAGGUGAGGACUUUGGCUAGGGAACAGUUCUUCCAUAGAGACUUGGUCAUGAAAAUGGAGAUGGCCGGGUACUUGUCAUAG